AUGGAUGGUCUAUGCUAUUCGAUGACCACACCAAAAAUUAACAUAACAAUUACCAACGCUCUUGUAGUUGCAGACCAUACAUUCAAUCAAGUUAGAAAGCAUGGUUCGCCUACCAAGUAUAGGGCCCAUGUCCAACUUAGCUCUUACUUCGCUCUAGGUCGGGACAAUAUUUCCAUAACCAAAGGUGUUGUCUCCAGAGUUGAGCCUACUGAAUGUGCGCAUGGUGCGACUCAACUUCUUGCAAUCCAAAUUGAUGCAGCUAUAAACCCGGGAAAUAGUGGAGGCACUGCUCUCAUCGGUGUCAUUAUUCUUGGUUUCAAUGUACAGAUCCACCUUCACUCCUCCGUCCUCCACCAUUUCCAAUAAUUCAACGCUCUCCUCUCUGGCCAGUCGCAGAACCGCAAUUCCACAACCCCCCCCCCAGCCAACGUCCUCCGCUACAACAGUUUCCGCUCUAUUAAUUAUUGAAUAACUCGUCACAUAUAAAGUAGGACAAUAAGUGAAUCGGAAUCCAUAAAAAAGGCUAAGCACUUAUGAUACACCAAAUCCGGCUUUAUGCUUCAGUCAAGUCUUCCUUGCUGUCCUGUUCAUCAAUGAGAUCAGCCGACUAAACGAAGGGUAUCCAAUGGCACGUCAGAAUUGUAGAGGUGGCAGUUUUCGCCGUACGAUAGUUGAAUACAAUUACCCUUUCAUCGUCCAAUUUAAAUUGUAUGCUUUCAGUAGUGCAUUGCUCCACAAGCCGGUACAAAUGCCUCAAAUUUUCCAAUUGACCUUCGUCACCUGCCAAUCACGAAAUAAGAGUAGUAGUUAAUUACUUAAGUUUCACAAAAAACAGGACAACUUCCUAGUGGAGAACAAAAAAAAAA